AUUUCGUCGGUUUUUUGACAUUUUUUAGGUUUCUUACGUAAUAGCCCUGCGGUACAAAAUAUUUUUCCAUUUUUUUAGCUAUUACUCCGUCGUAACGAACCUUUCAAAAUACAUAUAAACGCUACUCAAUGCCCCACGUUGAGCAAAAAGAAAGUAAGUUACGUCUGGCAGUUCUGGGAUCUUACUCUAUUACGAGUCUUUCCUCUAGCUCAUCCGUAGAGAUCACAAUCACUCAGUAUAAUAAAAUUUUGAAGCAUGACCAGAAUCAUGUCUGUGACAACAAAGUAAGUCAAACAUUUACUUCAGUAUCAACACAAACUUUUCUGGGGCGGGGUGUAGAAAUUCAAGUGAAAAGAUGAGUAAAAGCACAGCUCAAAGAGGCAUCGGCCCUCGCCUACAGAAAAGUUGGUCGCACGCGAUCGAAAAGGAAGAUACCCUCCGUUUGAACUGGUUCAGAAAGAACGAGGUCCGCUUGAAUGAAAUCGCCAAUCAACCCCCAACAAGGUCUGUGCCAGAAGAAGUGAAGAACGAGGUCGAACAGAUAAUUGUGGAUAACUUUAGAAAUGCGGAUAGGAAACCUAGGAUAAAGGCAUAUGACGAUGAACUUAUCGAUCCAGGAGCACUGCAAAGUAUUAUGAAACCUGUGGAUCCAGCUGUGACAAAACUAAUCUACACUGGAGCGAACCAAGAGGGAAGAAUCAACUACCUACAUGAACGAGUCAAAUUAACACCAGACCAGCGAUUCUACUUUCCGGAAUGUAGUAGCUGGGUGUAUGGCUGGAAUAUGUGGAACACAGUGAAGACGAUAAAGAAAUAUGGAUUUGGAAGACAGCAAGUCAUUAAGGAGUCCUUCUACAGACGCAGAGGUGUCGAGAGGGACCCUGAUUGGUACACUGAACCUGCUGUGUUCAGCCCAACAGUUUGCACAUGCAGUUUCUAAUAAACACCUGUAAAAUAAGUGUUUUUGUUACAAUAUAAUCUGAUGUUUAUUACCAC